ACAAUGAGGAGCGGGAUGGAUUUUUGGCUGUAUAGAAAGCACCACCAAAUCUCACGUGCUGGGCACAAUGUGGAUGCGAAACGUUGGAAAUUUGCGGCUCAUUGUGUUUUAGCGAGGCAAAUAGCACGUAGCACAAGUAGUGUUGUUCAUUGCAAGUGAAGCGAUGUAGUUAUUAUAUAUUCGUUACAUUCGUUAUUAUAUCUUCGUAAUAUAUUCGUUGGGAGUUGCCUCCAUUGUUCCGCGAAGAGCUUGAAACAUUUAUUUUUUAACUUUGUUAUCUUCUUGACGUUAAAGUUUAUCGUGGUGGGAUUGACAAAUCUAAAUCUGCAGCGCAGUCAUUCUCCAAUUCUCGAGGAGACCAAACGUUCGAGGAAUAAGGCUGUAAAUGUGAUUUGGCUAAUUUUAAGGCUUGCGAAUAAACUAUGGAUAGACUACAUAACGACCUUAAUAGAUUGGAUUUGGACCACAGUGAUGGGGAUGAAUGGACAACGGUGGAAUCUCCCAGUCAUAGGCGACGUUUAAGCAAUGCUGAAGCACCACCAGAACCAAUUUUAGUUUCAUCUAAUUGUCCUUUUAAUAUAUAUCAAAUGCCUAAACUAUUGACGGAUGAAUUGGUAGUUAGUCUUGUAAACAAUGUCGUUGAUACUGGACCAGAAACAAAACGCCUUCUGUUGGAAGUCACCCAUCACGUUUAUGUAAAAAAUGUAGUCAUAUUAAGAGGAGUGCCCGGGUGUGGAAAGUCUACUGUAGCGAAAGCUCUGCUUGCAACAACCAGAAAAGGAACUAUUUGCUCUGCAGAUGAUUUUUUCACGGAUGCAAAAGGCAAAUAUGUGUUUAAUCCCCAAAGACUUUCUGAAGCUCAUGAGACGUGCCAGAAGAAAUGUAAAAAGCUCAUGGAAAAAGGAAUAUCCCCAGUCAUCAUUGACAAUACGAAUACAAGACGAUUUGAGCUUGAAGUAUAUGUGAAAAUGGCCAUAGAAAACAAUUAUUAUAUUACAAUCUUUGAGCCAGAAACCGAGUGGAGGAAUAAUGCCAGAAUCUUGGUUCAAAAGACCGUCCAUCAGGUGCCAAGAAACAAAAUAGAACAAAUGGUGGACAGAUUUGAGCAAAUUAUUCCAUUUACCGUAGUUGAAGACGUGAGAAAGAAAAUGGGUCCUGUAGGGCAACGCUACUGCCCAGAAAAGGCUGUUUUGAAAGAUUUUACAAUACCGCCAAAGCCAGCUCCAACAACACUAUUACCAUUAUUCGGCCCUCUCUCACCUUUGAAGUUGCACCCCCUUAUGCCUCUGCGAUUAGGAGAUAGUGAUGGACUGUCCGCGUCGUCAUCUUCACCGGUCGGUGUGCCCAGGACUCCGCUACUAUCGGAAUUCGUCAUGGACUCGCUUGCAACCCCAUCUGCGUCUACUAUUAAUCGAGGUACGUAUGGCGUAGGAGGAGAGGAUUCGGUGGAACAUAAGCAGUCGGCCAAAAUGGCUGCUAUUUUUCCGACAAGUGGUUACAUAAAUACUGAGGAAGGUAAACCUUAUUGUGCAGGAAAAAUGAGGCGAAGGUCCAAACCCGACAAUCCGAAAGCUGCAGGACCAUCAUCGUCAACUAAGAGUGCUGCUCCCCUCCAACUGGAACCCAUUCAAACGAUUUAUUCUGAAAGUGUUUUGAAAGCUGCACAAUUAAUGCAGGAAAUGUUUCCCACAUUUUCCAUACAGGAAUUAGCGCAUUGGAUAGAAAUUUAUGGCCCGGACGGAGCCAUUAAUGAGAUACUUGAUUCUAAUUGCCGUUCUCCCUCGCCUCCUAUUUCGGCGAAUACGCUCAAGGAGACUAAAAGCGUAUUAAAUAUUCCUGACCCCCCUUCUGCUAUUCAUAAUCCAAAAAAUUGCGUUCCUACUCCACAGCCAGUUAUGUCUGGUUCUUCAUCUUCAAAUUCAAUUCCUCCAAUGCGGAGGGUUUCAAUCGAUAAAAGUCUUUCGGUAAGUCCGGUUGACGGUGCUAGAGGUUUGUCCCCAUCGGGGACAAAUGGUCCUGAAAGUUUUAAAAUGAAGGUUCCUAAUGAGUUCAUUAAGAAACUGGCAUCCAUGUACGGUUCUCCUAAUGAUCCCGUCAUUCAGGCUAUGCUAGGCAAAAAGGAUGGUGUCGAUACACCAGUACCCUCAGAGAUAGGGUUUGAAAUUUAUCAAAAGUUGAUAAAAAAUGCGGAAGCAAAGGCCUGUAAAGAGGCUGAAGAAGCCGCAAAAGACUGAAAUGUUGUGAUUUUUAAAUUAAAGUACUGAAUAUUUUCCACAGGUACAUCAAUUUUUACAUUUUACAGUGACCUGUUUAUCCUGUUGAUUGAUUAUUAAGGUCAAAAUAUGUUUUAUUGAUAGACUAAUUUAAUUAUUAUUUGCAUUUUAAUGGAUUUUGUAAAGUAGUUUCUUAUGUUACGAAUUUUUACCCAAUGUCUUUCAAUUCCAAGUAAAAAAGACAUUCUAAAAAUCUUUAUUGUAUAUUAGAUCCGAGUAUGUUUAGCAUAGUAUUUAGCAUGUUUUAUUCAGAUUUUUUAGAAAUGUAUUUCAGGAAUGAAUUGAUUUUUAGCUUGGUUGAUAAUAAAAUGAAUGUGAAACUCUA